CUAAUAUUUCCCUUUCUUUCCUGUAGCCUAUUGGCUGAUCAUGGAGAUCCUGGUUGCUCUGGGCGCCAUGACCUGUCUCCUCAUCGUCAUCACCAUCGCUUGCUACAGGAAGAGGAAAUGGGUGAAGAAGGCCUUCUACCCUGAGAUUCCAGAACCCAAGCUACCAGGAGAAUGGGGGAUAACACAGGGGACGUUGGACGUGAAGCCCUCGCCCCACAGCAUGGUGCACAUCGUGGAGGACUCUGUGUGGGACUCCAGCAAGGAGGCUCUAGUGACCGUUCCCGAGGAGGACGAGGAGGGUACAGGCGACGAGGCGGCCGACACCGACGAGCCCACCUCGCUUCGCUACUACAACCAGGUGGUGGAGGAAGGCUCCUCCUCCCAGCGUCGUCCUCAUGCUUCCGACUCCUCAGCCUCCUCCACCGGCUCCAUGGACUCAGGACACACCGAUGUUACYUACACCGGCAUCCAGACCUCGGCCUGCUCCCUGGCCCCCGUGGCCCACUUCCAGCCUCAGCCUGAUGCAUCCCAAUGCGUUGGCGGUGGAAGUUACCGGCCCCAAAUGCAGUCUGCAUCAUGCCCCGAGGAGCCCCAAACUGGCCCUGAGGAGCAACUUCAGCCCCCUGUGGGCUCUUUUGGAGGGUACCAGCCCCAGUGCUCCUGGAAACAGGACUCUCCCGAGGCUGAUGGCGACGGCGGCGGCUUGGACCAAGCCUGCCUGGGCAGCCCUACCUCGGUCACCUCCUCCCAGUUCCUGCUCCCUUAUGACACCUCAGAGGAGGGCAAGGAGCACCCGUCAUCAGCAAGCACCUGGUUCCACAAUCUCCUGACAGGAAAACCCUGAGGCAGCCCAAUGUCAUGACGACGAGUCAUGCCUUCUCGCCACUGCCUUCUCUCACCUUCCCUACCGGCAUUUGUUGAUGUUACAAUACACAUUUCAAUGUUAUGUUUCUAAGCUCAUGUUGGUGUGAAUCUACAAAUGGACACUCUUAAGAGAACACUAAUUACACUAAUCCUAGUUUUGCUGGACUGCAUUUGUGGAGAUUGAGCAGUUUGUGCUACUGAAAGAGUUGAAGGCAUUCCUGUUCAAAGAAAGUUGACAGCAUUUUCUAAAACAUAUGCCCUGAAAAUCACCGUGACGUCUGCUACACAUACUAGCAGUUAGAUUCUAACAUUAUUAAUGAAAAGGUCUGAAUUACUUAUUGUUGUCCUCUGGAACUUUCUGGAAAUAGCAAAUAUUCACUGAAAUAAGCUAGUAGUAUAUGGAAAAAUGUACUAUCAUGUUAUAUUUUGUUGUGUWUUUUUGUGUUUUCGUUCUAAGCCAGGGGCAUCAGAAGGUGUUAAAUGUGGAAGAUAAGUUAGUUCCCCCCCAUUGUUUUAAGUAUGCAUUUGAAAAACACCGCUUUUCACUUGCACAUUCUAAGAUAUAACACAAUUUUUUCUGUGUUUUGCAUGGUUGUAUUGUUAGAUAUAUUGCAGAUAUGUUGGGCCUCCACCAUUGAACUGUUGAUUGUUCUACAGCSCUUUACCAAAUCACGUCUUGACAGUUUAAACAAACAUAAGUGUUGCCUUGAAAAUGUUGUGCUUCCAAUCAUUUUGGCCUGUUUCGACAAACCUUCUUUGCCUUGUAGAUAGAUAUGGGGUAUCAAAACAACUGAACACAUUAUGCAGAUUUGCAUCAUGGGAUUUGGAGUUUACCCUCCAAUGCAGUGGGAUAUGGAUAUAGAGGUAAUCCUCCAUAAUAGUGCAACGCAGGCUUGGGGUCAAUUUCAAUGUAGUCAAUUCAGGAAGUUAACUCAAAUUGCAAUUAAAYAUUUGCUCAAUGCUUUUCAACGAAAAGGAAUUGGACUUUUCUGUUUACUUUCCUGAAUUGAAGUGGAAUUGACCCCAAGCCUAGCACAGUUUAAAAAUAGAUUAUUGUCCAACGGUUUUACUUUGAAAUAGUAAUUAACACUAUUUUUGGCAUUAUUCAGACAUACUACAUAUGCCUAUGGAAUUGUUACUGUGAAGGCACAUGCACUACGUAAAUACAGGCUUGGGAGUUAUUGUUGGUGUUUGAGAACAGCUGUUCUAAGUUAGCCUGAAUCGCUAGUUGCAGUGGUUGCAGUAGAUUUGCUGUGAGUGCCUGUUGAUGUGUUUCAGGGAGAUCCAGAUGAUCUGGAUAUAGUGUAUUAUAAACUGGGUGGGUCGAGCACUGAACGCUGAUUGGCUGAAAGCCGUGGCAUAUCAGGUUAUGACAAAACAUU